AUGACUAGAACUAAUAAAUGGACAGUUCACGAAGAUAAGGCCGAGUCGCAUUACUUUACCCACAACGGCUACUACGGAGCAGCGCCCAAUGGUGUCAAGAAGCACGGGUCCGGAAAGGGCAAUUGGGGGAAACCGGGCGACGAAAUUCAAGACCUCAUCGAGACCGGCGAGAUCCCACCAGUGUUCCAUAAGCAAAGGCGUGGAUCCAAUGUUCAGGGCCAUGAACGCAAACUAGGCGAAGUGCAACAAUUUCACGAAUAG